GUACAUCUACUGGAACCGAUAGUUACCCCAUAGACUAGCAGCAUGCCGUUUAAACCUCCACAGCAGGCCAAGUGUCCAAAGUGUGGAAAAUCGGUUUAUGCUGCCGAAGAAAGGGUUGGAGCAGGACAGAAAUGGCACAAAUUUUGUUUUACCUGUGGUGUUUGUAACAAGAUGCUGGACAGCACCACCGUGGCCGCCCAUGAUGGUUUGGUAUACUGUAAAACCUGCCACGGCAAGAGCUUUGGACCUAAGGGAUAUGGUUUCGGGAGUGGUGCCGGUGCUCUGAGCACGGAAACCGGCGCCCAACACGGCGUUAAAAAGGGAGAAAUGAGUAACAAGCCCAAAGAAGCCGUCAUUGGAGGUACUUCUGGUCCCGGCCCCCAUUGUCCUAGGUGUGGAAAAACGGUCUACGAUAACGAGAAGGCAAUCGGUAUCAGCAUACCAUUUCAUAAAUCCUGUUCCAAAUGUAAAACGUGCAACAAGAGCAUCGACUACAACACAAUGUCGGAACACGAGGGCGAUAUUUACUGCAAAGGAUGUUACGCAAAGAAUUUCGGACCGCAUGGAUUUGGUGUUGGCACAUUGGCUUAAACUAUUACAUGAAAUCACUAAUUACUUCCCCAAACCUUCCUAACUCUCCGGUCUAUCCGUUUACACGGAAUGUGUUGAUAGGCCAUAUAUAUCUUCGUUUAGUCAAGUUAAACGUAGAAAUCACACGAAUAUGUCUUGUUUAUAUUUCUUUAAUGCUUGAAUGAGUCAAAAGAAUGUGUCAUUGUCAAUAACAAGGUGUAAAUAAAUGAGAAAUACAAAUUAACUUAAUAUCAAUAAAA